AUGCUUUCUGCUGCGAUUGGUCCCGCUUCCCCUCUUGGAGCUGAGUCUGGUAAGUCUGGUUUCUAUCGAUUAUUUUUAUCUUCGAUAGUAACAAGCACAUUGCUCAUCCCAGACUCAAUGGCUGCGCCCUCAUCUGCAACCGUAUCCGACAUGACGCUUAACCCAUUUCGGUCAAGUUCGCCUGUCAAUCCUGCCUCAGUCGUACCAGACUUCAACGUUGACGUGUACAAUAUGUCAGAAGGCAUCUCUUCACCUGCUACAACUAGCGAUUCUGCUCGUAAUUCGCCUUUUUACCCGGAAAAUUCCCCAUCCGACGUUGAUGAAGACUUUGUUCCUGGAAGCUCUCGUGGUGGUUAUACAUCUCGUGGACGUGGAGGCGCCAAAAAGAAGCCCGGCCGUGGAAGUUCUAAAUCCAGAGGGGUUAAACCUUUGGGUGUCGAUUCAAGUCUAUUCGCCCCACCUACUCGAGGGAAAAGGGGUAAACGUGGCUCAAAGUUGAAUGGAACUGGAAAAGCACCUGGUAGCGGAAGAGGUCGAGGACGGGGGCGCAACAUCAACAACAUCACCACCAGCAUUUUCAUCAACCUCAGUCACAAAUACGAGAAGUAUGCUCUUUUGUCCUGUUUUGUUUGGGUAGACGAAACUAUGCUUGAAGAUGACGAGGAACGAAAUACACGUGCCGAUGAUGUUGAAUAUGUACGUACGGCAGUCGUGUGUGAUGCACAAGAUCCAUAUAUGCAACAGGCAAGUUUGUGUCUGGUGUGUGGUGCGAUAGGUAAACCGCACACGCAGGAAAGUUCCAUGAUUGCAUGCUGUAACUGUGCGCAGACUUUCCACACCUACUGCGUCGGUCUUCACGAGAAGGUAUAUAUCGCUCAUCAAAUAUACGUCUCUUAG